AUGGAUACUAUUGACGAAAUUCUCAUUGGUUUCUCCAUCAUCGGCUUGAUCGUCAUCGUGAUUGCUAACUGUUGCGACAAUAUAGAUCCCCCUCCCACGAGAUUACCUCCCGAGACAAUCCAUCAAACUGUACAGCCUCAACAAGACAUUGAAACCGGACAGAGCAAAGCCCUAGUGUUCAAAGAUAUCAAAGAAGAAGAAGGAGGAAGAGAAGAAGAAGGUGGUGGUAAACGUUUUUGUCCAAUUUGUUUGGAAGAGUACGAGGAUGAUCAUCAGAUUAGGCGUUUAAGAAACUGUGGACAUGUUUUUCAUCUUUUGUGUAUUGAUUCUUGGCUUACACAGAAACAAAACUGUCCAAGUUGUCGCCGUUCUGUUGAUUUGAUGAGUUUAGGUCUUUAG